AUGAUCACUAGAUCUCGACGGAGCAACCGCAACGAAGAGCUUUUGAUCCUGUCCAACGCAGAACUUGCAAGAGUAGAACGAGCAAACAGACAACGAAGGCCGAAUCCAGCCGACAUGGGCGAUAACGGCAACCCGAACAUGGCUGCUCAGUUGCAGCAGCUUCAGCAGCAGAUCGAGCAGAUGCGGAAGGCUCAACAAGAUCGAGAACCGCAACCUCGUCCUGCUAUUGGAGACAAGGACAAUCCGCACACCUUCUAUCAAAACCGGUCUGCGAUUGUCCCUCCAAACGUCAGAGGCAAGACUUCGAGAUCAAGCCCGGCAUGA